UUUGUGCCAUUGGUUCCUACAGCCUCGCCUUAUAGGGUUAUGCAGGAUCAAAAAUCAUAUGACCCCGGGUUAUAGUCCAACAGGUUUAUUUGAAAACGGAAGCUUUUUUCAACAUAAUUCAACAUGGGAACCUCCACAUCAGGGUUAUACAAGAGUAGAUAUCAGCUGCAUUUUACCCAUUCUUUGUCAAUCUGUGAUGAAACACCUUACUGAUAUCAAUUUAUAAACAGUGAAGUUACAGGAUUCAUGUCUUAAUUCUCUAUUCUUGUGUCAUAACUGUAUUUAGGAACUUUUCGGGGAUCUAAUGAAGAUUUUUCAUAUGUUUUGAAGGCUGGCGCAUGUGGAUUUAACAUAGAUUUCAACCUGCUGUUUUUGGAUAAGAGUGCGGAGCUGUGCUGAGGUAAUUGAUCAUUCCACACCCAGGGAAGUUCAAUUCAUAGUCGAGCGAAUGGUCAUGAAUAACCAAGAGGUGGUUGCACUCCUCCAGGACUGCAAGCGGGUCCUAACUGCACCCCCAUCAGAACCGUCAGAACAGGACAUGACAGAGUACCGGCAGUGCGAAGCUUCACUCUCUGCUGAUCUGAGGACCUUGCUGGAACAGGCAAAGGAAAUGAAGUGGCCCUUUGUGCCAGAGAGGUGGCAAUACAAACAAGAAGUAUGCCCAGAAGACAAAACAAACCUGAAAGAUAUCAUCAGCGAGAAGCUGCCAGAUUUGCUGGUUUUUCUGAAAGCCUCAACCUCUGUUGGUGACUAUGCUUCAGCAGCUGCCACAGUAUUUUUGAUUGACAGGUUUCUAUACUGGGUCGAUGCAUCCAGCAAACUUCUGCAGAUUGCCAAAAGCCUGCACAGGCGUUGUCAUGAAAUACCAAUCGCACCACAGGUGGUUGUUCGCCAGGCCCGAGUCUCUGUAAAUUCAGGCAAACUUUUGAAAGCUGAAUACAUCCUGAGCAGUCUCAUAAAUAACAGUGGGGCAACAGGUACUUGGGUCUAUGAGAAGACAAGUGACCGAACAUUGGUGCAGGCUGUCAGUAUUCAGAUAAGGGGACAGAUCCUACAAAAACUCGGGCUAUGGUAUGAAGCGGCGGAACUGAUUUGGGCUUCCAUUGUGGGAUUUUAUGAGCUUCCUCACCCAGAUAAAAAGGGAAUUUCCACUUCACUGGGCAUUCUAGCGGACCUGCUCAUUUCAAUGAGUGAUGAUGAUUACAGUCGAUUUAAGGACAACCCACAGGUGGACCUGGUUCUGCUUGAAGAGUACACUGACCGACUGUUGUCAGCUGCUGAAGCAGGGAAACUGGCUGCAGUGCUCAGUCAGUAUAGCCCACUCUUUGUGCUGACAAAUUUGAAUAUUUAUGGAACCUGUCUCCUCUCCUAUAGUUUUAAAAAGGAAUUGUCAGAGGAUGAAAGACAGUUCUACCUUUCUCAAGCAAAGGAGGCUUUUGAAAUUGGUCUCCUCACGAGUAGAGGUGGUGAAGUGAUAACAAGUAAGCAGGAACUGCAUGGGUUUGUUAAAGCAGCUUUCUCUCUUACAACAGUAUGCAGGUGGCUCACAGAUCAGAGUGAAAAUCUUACAGAGGCAAGGCAAUUAUGUAAAGAAGCGAUGAAAAAAUUAUACCUGUACUGCACUCAAACCCAGGAAGCUUUGGCACAGGAAAUCAUGGAACUGAUAGGCCAAGUCAAAGUUCAUCUGCAAAUAAAGGAUCUCUGCAAUUCGGAUGUUAAGUCUUAUGUCCCUAACCACUACAAGCAUUAUUGGGAUAAGCCUAUAGUGAAGGGAAAGAUGACCUUUGAGAAAGUCCUUCAAAAACAUACACAGUAUCACGCAACUAUAUGCAAAGUAUUUGAAAGAACUUGCAGACGACAACAAAAUACCAAAGAGUCAUCAGCACAUAGUUGUAUAACUGCUUUCAAGACAGAAACAAAAGAAUUUGAUACAGCUGAUGCCAAAAUAAGCACACUUCACUCUGUUAACCAUGAUCUUCUUCAGAACCCUCUACGGAAACAGGUAAUAACAAGGAAAGACAACACAACAGUACAAAGCCAGAGAACUGAGAAGGAACAUGUUGAUUGUCUGAAAAACAUUGGCACUCCUAAUAAUUGUUUUAUUGGUGAGGCAUCAUAUGUUUUGAUAGAUGCUGAGACAGAAUUGGAUGAUAUAACAUCAGAGGGAAAGGGUAACACAAACAAAGGGUGCACAGAAUGUUUGAAUGACAGCCAUGGUUCCAGCCCUUCCUUGAACUCUUGCUUCAAAGCUUCUGAAUCAGGAUCUUCUAAUAGUUGGAAGGAAGUGACCAGCAGCAAAGACUGUGGGCUACCUCAGGUUGGAAGGAAACCAUUUCUGUUCAGUGUGGACACAGAGUGCUCAACAAUAUUAACUGAUGAAAUUGAUAGCAAAGACAGUAAAUUGAAUAAUAGUGCUUUGCAGUCCAUCAUUCCACCAGUGCAACAGCUGUCUCUACAAUUUGCACCAGACAACAAUCCUUCAAUCACUUCAAACAUUAAUGAUACUCCAAGCAAUGGGAGGCAGAAAAAUCCUUCAUCUUCAUCCUUAGGAGACCAUAAGUCAUGCGAUGUUAAUCCAGAUGAAGAGACUGCUGAUGACAUUCAAGAAGAUAACAAGAUAGGUAGUUGCAGUAAGACCACAAGAUCUGAUCAACGCCCCUCCUCUCUCUCUCAUCCAAAUUAUAGGACCAUAUAUCAGACUUCUAGACCUGAUGAUGCAGAUUCAAAAGGCAAUGGAAAAAUUACCUCCUCAAUUUUAGAAAAGAGUGGCUCAUUUGAGAUUGUUGACUCUGAUGCAGAAACUGUAGAUGACCUGGACAAUGACAAAGUGCUUCCAAUCCCAAACAAAUAUGACAAUGCAAAAUCCUCUUGUCUUCAGCCAGCUUCAAAUACAAUUAACCCUGCCUCAGUUGGCAGUAAUAAUUUGAGCAACUUUACAAAGAAAAGCCUGUCUUCUUCACAGGAAAGUGGGUCCUUCGUAAUGGUGGAAAUUGACCCAACCGCAGAAACUGUUGAUGGUUCAGAAGACAACGAUAGUCCUCCAAGUACUGGAGGAGUCUCUGAGGUUGAACCCACACAUCUGGAUGAAAGCAAGAAACAAGAAGCAUGUAUUCAUGAUGCAAAGCAAGUGAAGAAUGGUUCUACUCAAUGUUCACUACCCAAGAAGGAACGUGACAAAGGGUCUGAGAAAGUAUCACUCAAAGAAGGUGAAAGUGAAGAUGACAGACUGAGUAACCAGUUUCUAAAAAGCAGCCUCAACUCCAGCACCUCUUUUAAAUCAUGGUACAAAUCACCUUUCUUUUCAAGCAAUUGCUCAGACUUUGGCUAUCUGAGUCCAUCAGUGAGUUCAAGCAGCAAUUCCUUUGUGUUUCUUUCAAGAAAGAAACAAGUCUUUGAGAAGCGUGUUAUAACUGAUGAGGAUUAUAAAAUGCUGUUUGCUGGUGUUACCCAUGAGUGGCUUACAGAGAGAAUUGCGGGCACUGGAGUAUUUUAUCCUCAGAAACUAAAAGACACUUGCACUGCACUGCUAUUCAAAUAUAGCAAGAAAACCAACACCUGGACAGCCCAAGAAACUCUAGUAUAUAUUGGAAAACCAUUAAUAGUGGAUAAAGUAGGUGCCCAGAGAAUUGCUUUGGAGAUGCGCUUUUUACACCAAGAAGAAAUAUUGGGCAGAUACGUUGGAAAGCAGUACAAAAGAGCAAAAGAACUAUCUUACCACUUCAACGAUGUUGAAUGCCAGAUGACUGCCCAAUACUAUGUGACAGAAUUCAACAAAAGACUGUAUGAAAAGCAAGUUCCUACACAAAUAUAUUAUAUUCCAGCCUCAGUUCUUCUGCUUUUAGAAGAUAUGCAGGUCGUGGGUUGUGUAAGCGUGGAGCCGUACAUGCUCGGGGAGUUUAUAAAAUUAACAAACAACACAAAGACUGUUCGUAAAGAAUAUGAAGCAACUAUGUAUGGACUCGCAUUUGGACAUUUUACCUAUGAUUUUUCAAACCAAGAAGAAAUAGUAGUUGAUUUACAAGGUUGGAUCACUGGAGAUGGAAAAGGUCUUAUUUACUUAACAGAUCCUCAGAUUCAUUCAAUGAAAAAGCGACAAGGAGGGUCCAACUUUGCAGAGAAAGGCAUCAAAUACUUCCUCAACUGUCAGCACAAAGAAUGCAAUGAGAUCUGCCACAUUCUUACUUUGAAAAUACCCACUAGGGGGAAUUUGGAUGAUUUACUUUAAGUGAAGCUUUUUUAAAGUUUGAUUUUGAAAAAUAUGUUCUACUGUGGCAGUAUAUUUCUCUGUGCUUCCUAUUGCUGUUGAAUAGUGAUGGUCCUGGAAUUCCAGACAUUGAUUUCAACAAUUGUAUCAGAUUACACAAGAUGAUAGCUGUUUUUGCUGGCCAGAUUGUUCAGGGAGAUUAUCCAACUUGUCCAUGAAGAAUGUGGCAUGCCAAAGAUCAUAUUGUGUAGAAUUUUACUGCACUGAAACAGGCCCUUUUAUCCAACACAUCUGUGCUGUUAUUGAAGCUCCAAAUAAACCUCCUAUCUAAAUCUACAAGCAUAAUCUUCUAAUCCUUCCUCUCCCAUUUCCUUUUCAGGUAUCCCCUCAGUGCAUCAAAGACCCUCACUUCCAUUUGGAUAUGUGUUCCAUCCAUCUCUUGGUAAAGGUGACUCGCCUGAAUUCCCUGUCAGAUUCAUUUUGGGCCUUAUGUUUGGGCCUCUAGCUUUGAAUUCCCCAAAGCAGAAAAAAAUUCUGAAUUGAAAUAACUGCAGAUGCUAUAAAUCAGAAACACAAGCAGAAAUUGUUGGAAAA